AUGGCCAAGGCGAUUCAAGAGCCUCCGGCGGCUGCCCGCGUAUAUCCUUUGGCGUCGCCGCCAACGCCCAAGCACGAGAAGCUGGGAGGGUACGACUUCUACCGCUCGAUCGGGAGCCCCAAGAACAUUCUCGCUCCGAUGGUCGAGCAGAGCGAGCUGCCGUGGAGGCUCCUGUCCAAGGCACCGCUGCCGCCCGACAUCGCUGGCCCCAUCGAGACAGUGACCACACCCCAGGGCAAGGUGCUCAAGCGCUACGUCGGCGGCGUGCACCUGAGUUACACGCCGAUGGUACAUGCCAAAGUGUUCCUCAAGACGAAGGGCAUCAAGGACCCAGUGUUUAACAUCCAGCACGGCGAGGAAGGCAGCGGAGAAGAUCUCGCAGGUAUUGAGGGCGGGGACAGGCCCCUCUUCGUGCAGUUCUGCGCCAACGACCCAGACGCCCUUCUCGCUGCCGCACAGAAGGUGCAAGACCGUUGCGACGCUGUCGAUAUCAACUUCGGCUGCCCGCAGGGCAUCGCGCGCAAGGGGCACUACGGCUCGUUCCUCCAGGACGAGUGGGAUCUCGUCUCGCGCCUCAUUUCGACGCUGCACGAGAACCUCAAGGUUCCGGUUACCGCCAAGUUCCGCAUCUUCCCUGAUGUCGAGAAGACAAUCGCGUAUGCCAAGAUGAUCGAGGCGGCUGGUGCGCAGAUCCUCACCUGCCAUGGGCGCACGCGCGAGAUGAAAGGCCAGGCGACCGGCCUCGCAGACUGGGACCAGAUCAAGGCCGUAAAGGCCGCUGUCAAGGUCCCUGUCUUCGCCAAUGGGAACAUCCUGUACGGCGAUGACGCGACGCGCUGUCUGGAGUACACGGGCGUCGAUGGCGUCAUGAGCGCCGAGGGCAACCUGUCCAACCCCGCGCUGUUCAUGCCUCCAGACCACGAAGCGGCUUACCCCAACAUGCUGCUGCUGGCGAGACGGUACCUUGACAUCAACGAGAAGCUCAAGACGCCCACCAGCGGUAACGCAAUGAAGAGCCACAUGUUCCGCGUCCUCCGCCCCAUCCUCGACCAGCACGAAGACCUGCGCGAUCUCCUCGCUCGCACGGGGUUGUUGGACGGCAAGGUCGACGAGUACCGCAAGGCGCUCGACAAGAUCGAGGCGCGUAUGGGUGAAGACGGCUCCAAGGUCGGCUGCCCCGCCACCCCGAUCGGAGAGGGCGGUUACCGCGAGCUGCCCAAGUGGGUCGCACAGCCGUACGUCCGCAAGGUGCCCGAGUCGGCCAAGGUGCCGACUGACCCAGCAUAUGCCGGUAGUGCAGCGACCAGUGCCGUUCCGACCCGCGCGCCGUCGCCUGUAAACGUUGCGCCUCCCGCACAACCGUGCAUCGGCCAGCCGUGCGGUGGCUCGGCGGCGGCACGCUGCCCGACCGGUGCGUGCGUUCUGCACUGCCGCGCGAUCCGCGCAGCGGAGGAGGGGCCAUUGUCCGCCAGCGAGGCGCUCGAGUCCGCGCUCCGUGGCGGACUUGUCGGCAUGGGCUGCGAGUUCCACGAGGCCAAGUUUGCGGCCCGCAACAAGCGGAAAAAGGAGAAGAACUCGAUGCGUCAGAACCACAAGAAGUGGAAGCGGGGGCUGGAACAGGAAGAACGGCGGCGGAGUCAGAGCCUCGAGCGUGAGGAAGCGCAAUGCAUCGAGGCGUAG